AUGUCUACCACAGCCUCUCGAAAUAUCUGGAACACAAAUUUAGACACCUAUUAUUAUAUAAAGAGAUCAAUAAACCUUAUUUUCACCCCAUUAUUCCCUUUAAUUCUUUUUUGUGUCUAUAAAAAAUCGCCGAAAAAUUUCGGAUCGCUAAAAUUGUUUUUAUAUUUUCAUGUGUUUUGCAUUUCCAUCCAAUGGCUCUAUAAUUGUCUAUUAAUUGACACUUUUCAAUUUGUACCAUCUCCAUUUGUACAAAUUAUGGGAUUUUUGACAAAAUUUGUGAAUCCAGUACACUUAUACAUUGCAAACUACUGCUGUACUUCUACUUUUGCAGGCACAUUGGGAUCCUGUCAGACACUUUUUUGUAAUCGGUUGUUCAAAAUUUUGCACUUGUACAAUUCGAAAAAAUCUCCAUCCUCCCUCCCCGAUUUUACCCCGACACCAUCACCAACCCAACCGUUAUAA